AGAAGCCUGAACCUGAGGGCGUUGAUGCCAGAGCGCGUGAACGCGGAGAUCUCCAAGCGAUACGACAUACACCCCAACGAGGUUGGAGCCGGAGGCUACGGCAAGGUGUACGUCGCGUCGGACAGGUUCACGCCGGCGAGGAAGGUGGCGAUCAAAAAGGUCCUCGUGUUCGACGAAGAGAAGCGAAUAGCAUUUAAGAAGGAGUCCAGCAUCAUGAAGACGUUGGACCAUCCACACAUUUGCAAGCUUCUGGAGACCUACGACCAGGGAAGACAUAUGUUCUUCGUCAUGGAGUAUUGCGAGGGGGGAGAAGUUUUCGAUCGCAUCAUGGACAACGGGCUCAUUUCGGAGUCGUCCACAGCGGGCAUCGCCAGGCAAUGCGCGGGCGCCCUGAAGUACGCCCACUCGCACGGCAUUGCCCACAGGGACAUGAAGCCGGAGAACAUCUGUUUUGUCUCCAGUGACUUGUCCAAUGACGACAUCAAGGUCAUCGAUUGGGGCCUGGGCUUCUAUUUCGGAGAGACGCAGCGGAUGAGCUCGGCGGUGGGCAGCCUCACGUACGCGGCGCCGGAGGUGCUGGAGUCUUCCACCGGCAGUGGCUACGACGAGACCUGCUCCACCAGCAGUGGGCGCGCGAGUGCUUGCAGCCGCACGAUGGGGGCGGCCUUCGACCUUCUUCCCGAGCUCCACGUCCACGGGGAGCACGAGGCCACCUGCGACGUCUGGAGCCUCGGGGUGCUCAUAUACGUCAUGCUCUGCGGCAAGCCCCCCUUUUGGGGCAACUACCAGGCGCAGCUGAAGAGGAUGAAGGCCGAGACCUUCCCGAUGUCGGACAGCACCUGGCAGAGCAUCUCCGACGACGCGAAGG